AUGAUGCUCAACGGCAGCGAUGGUUUGAAAGAAAGAAUCAUGAAAGACAACUCAUUCCGCUGGAAUGUGGAUGCUCAAGUGAGCCUGUGGUGCGUCGGGACUGGAUUGGAUCAGGAACUGAGAUGUCACGAGCAGCUUCUUCGAUGGUACGGAGGCACCAAGAAAGUUUUAAAACCCUCCGAUAAGGGAGUGAAUGAAAUUGUAGCUCCAAGAGAAGCGACCACGAGGAGCGCCAAGAAGAGAUGGCAGGUGUGUGGAGGCACCGCUGAAGCUAAGGGUAUGGCAGGGGAUACUUGGAAGGAAGGAAGAGGAGACGGCUGUUAA